GUCCACUUCUGGACCCACGGCGGCAUCCUCACCAAAGUGACCCCGGAAAAGCCCCUGGUCAUGGGCCACGAAGCCUCCGGCACGAUCCACGCCGUCGGCGGCGCAGUCACCGACCUCCAGCCGGGGGACCGCGUCGCCGUCGAACCCGGCUACCCGUGCCGGCGCUGCGGGCCCUGCAAGACGGGGCGGUACAACCUCUGCCCGGCCAUGAAGUUCGCGGCCGACCCGCCGGACGCGCACGGGACCCUGUGUCGGGUGUUCCGGAUGCCGGCGGACUUUGUGUACCCGAUCCCCGAUGCGCUGAGUCUGCAGGAGGCGGUGCUGGUCGAGCCGUUGGCGGUGGCGGUGCAUGCGGUCCGGUUGGCGGAGGUGCGGCCUGCGCUGAAUGUGUUGGUGCAGGGGGCCGGGACGAUUGGGCUGUUGGUUGCUGCUGUUGCAAAGGCGUAUGGGGCUACCAGGGUGGGGGUGAGUGAUGUGAGUGAGGUGAAGGUGGAGUUUGCGCGGGGGUUCUUGUCAAUGUCGGGUGUCACGGUGAUGCGGCCGGAUAAUGCCGAAGAUGCGGAGGCGGUUGCUGCGCGGUUUAGGGGGGAGAUGGGCUUGGAUACUAGUCGAGGGGUGGAUGUGGUGGUCGAGUGUACCGGGGUGGAGACGGCGAUGCAGACGGGGCUCUAUGCCCUCGGGGCGGGUGGGGUGCUGGUGCAGGUCGGCAUGGGGAAGCCCCUGCAGGCGCUGCCGUUGCUGGAUAUGUUCGCCAAGGAGACGGUCUUCAAGACGGCGUUUCGCUAUGCGCCUCGUGACUAUGAGAUUGCGUUGGACUUGCUCGCUGAGGGGAAGAUUAGUGUGGCGCCGUUGAUUAGUAGUACCCUGCCGUUUGAGGAGGCGCCUGAGGCGUGGGAGAGGACGCGCAGGGGUGAGGGGAUCAAGAACCUCAUUCGGGGGGUGCAGGACUAGCUCGGGGCUACUGUUCCACUGUCAGUCUUGUAGCAUUUUUUGUUUCAACAAUGUCAAGUGGAGGAAUUCAAGAA